AUGAUCUCCGAGAGUGCCACUCCGGGCACUCGCUUCCCGCUGGAGAGUGCCAUUGGAUCCGGACGUGGUAUCAAACGCGUUACGCACUUACGACGUGACUACGAACAGAUUUACUUCCACCUGGACGUACCGACUCAAAGCGACGGAACGCGCUACCGUCGAAGCUGGUGCAGGAGCGAGCCUGGAACCGGAGCAGCAUGCGGCGCAACCGUUACUGGCAAGAAUGCCCCCCGUGGGAACUCUUCUCAUUCAGCUCAACGCCACGACCAGGACGACGGGCCCUACGGGGACGAGCUGUACACCUUCAGUAACCACGUGAGCAUCCGCGAGAAGGAGCUGUUCGGUGUGUAG